UCUCACAUUCAUUCCCUAAGAACUCAUUAGAAUUUAUCAAGACAUAUAUCAAGAAAUGGAAUGCUAUAUUGAAACAGAUUUGAUUGUUAAUCAUAAGGAUACCGAGUUAAGGUUGGGAUUACCUGGAAACGAUGAUGAACAAGAUAAACAUUCAUGCAAUAUUGGAUCUGUUGUUAGAAGCAACAAGAGGUCUUUUUCACCAGAAACAAGUGUUGAAGAGUCUUCAAUUAGCAAUGCUUCUAGUUCCUCGACCACAAGUGAUCAUGAUCAAUGCACUGUUCAACAAUCUUCAAAGGUGCAAAUAGUUGGAUGGCCACCAAUUAGAUCGUUUAGGAAGAACAGUUUACAACAAAAGAAAGUGGAAGAUGGAAGUGGAAUGUACGUGAAAGUGAGCAUGGCUGGUGCACCUUACUUGAGAAAGAUAGAUCUUAAUGCUUACAAAAGCUAUUCAGAACUUCUCAUAGCUUUGGAAAAUUUGUUUAAGUGCACAAUUGGUGAGCAUUCAGGUGAACAUGCUCCUACUUAUGAGGACAAGGAUGGUGAUUGGAUGCUAGUUGGAGAUGUUCCAUGGAACAUGUUCAUAUCCUCCUGCAAGAGGUUGAAGAUAGUGAAAGGAUCAGAGGCAAAGGGGUUGGCAUGUCUAUGACCAAAAAUCAUGGAUGCAUCUUCUAAAGCAUGCACGAAGCAUAUGAAGUUAAACAUAUAUAGAGAACGGAUGGUCCAGUAGAUGUGAAUGUGGAAAACAUCCGAUCUCGAUCUCAAUCUCGAUCUCAACAAUACAAUCAUAGCGUGAAAAACAUAGCUAUCAGAGAAAUGGAAUUUGAGUUUUAAAUAAGUAGCUUUUGAGGCCUCAUUUCUUAAUAUAAUAAGCCUUUCAGAGACUUCUAAAGGCAAUGCUAUUUUGAUUGUAUACAUGACGAUAUGUAUAAUUAUACUUCAUUAUAAGGGUAUUUUGGAGGAACAAUUAAACUUAGUUGGUUUAUUCUUUUUGGCACUUAGAAGAUAGUUAGAAGUGGAUAAAGUAGUUAUGAGUUUAUUAGAACUCAACCAAUUUAUAACUCCUUUAUAUAUUACAAACCAUACCUUUGUAAUCAUUGAUUUUUUUAUCAAUAAACUAACAUGAAUCAUAUAUGAGUAAU